UUUUCAACAUAACUCUUCGAGUACUAAUACAAAAUCCAAGAUGCCCUAAAGACAUCAGAGAGCCAGCAGCCUGCUCCUCCCACAACAGACGGCGACACCAACGACAACAAUAAAGCAGCGACAUUUGAAGCUGCGAUCUCCCUUCAACAACAGCGAAGCAUGUGAUCUCCCUUCAGCGGCGGCACCAGCAACAGCGGCAAUCUCCUUUCGUUUGAAGCAGGCGAUCUACUACCAGGCCUCUCUGGCGCUGCCGGCAACGGCGCCUUCCCUUCCCGCCUGUGACACAGAUGACGCUUCGCUUCCCGUCUCACCAGCAAUAGCGGUAGCUCCUCUUGUAGCUAAUCCUUGAGUGGCCGUUAUUAGUUAUUUCUCACAAUUAUCUCCUAGAUAACAACUAGGAGAGAGAUUUUUUGGAUUUGGCUCCUAGGUGGCUCAGUAAUUUCAAGCAUAGAAACAACAAGAUUUUUUUCCCAAAAAAAUUUAAGUGGACAAUUCCAGAGGGUUCAAUAAUUUCCCCAAUUCGAAUCCCCAUAAAUUUGGGAGAGGCUGGGUUAGUUCAGCUCAAGUAAGUGCGAUAUUGGCUUCAGUGUCGAGAAAAAUAACAUGGAGCAGAGGAAGGAGGAGAAGAAUAAGUACAGUAUUAUAAUCCCAACCUACAAUGAGCGCCUCAACAUUGCCCUCAUCGUCUACCUCAUCUUUAAGCAUCUCAGGGAUGUUGAGUUCGAAAUUAUUGUUGUUGAUGAUGGGAGUCCUGAUGGUACUCAAGAAGUUGUAAAGCAAUUGCAGCAAGUUUAUGGUGAAGAUCACAUUUUGUUAAGACCUAGACCGAAGAAGCUUGGUUUAGGAACUGCUUACAUCCAUGGUUUGAAGCAUGCAUCUGGAAAUUUCGUUGUAAUCAUGGAUGCUGAUUUAUCCCACCAUCCAAAGUACUUGCCAAGCUUUAUCAAGAAACAGUUGGAGACUGGUGCAAGUAUAGUCACUGGAACCCGAUAUGUUCAAGGUGGCGGCGUACAUGGUUGGAAUCUUAUGCGCAAGCUGACGAGUAGGGGAGCAAAUGUUCUUGCACAAACACUUCUGUGGCCUGGUGUAUCUGAUUUGACCGGGUCUUUCCGGCUUUAUAAAAAAUCAGUACUUGAAGAUAUCAUAAGUUCAGUUGUUAGCAAGGGGUAUGUCUUUCAAAUGGAGAUGAUUGUUCGGGCUUCCAGAAAAGGUUACCAUAUUGAGGAGGUUCCAAUUACUUUUGUUGACAGAGUUUUUGGAAGUUCAAAGCUUGGAGGAUCUGAGAUUGUUGAAUAUCUGAAGGGCCUUGUUUAUCUUCUGGUUACAACAUAAGAGGCAAUGUCAUUAAUAAUCCACCAUUUUUACACUUGAUGUCUAAUAGGCUUUCAUCUUCCUUUUUUUGUGUGUGUUUGAGUCUUGUUUUAUUUUUUAUGAACCGUUUGGAAUAGGUUAUACAACAUAAACUUGUCAAUGCUUUUAAUGAAUUCGUUUAUCAACUUCAAAUAACAUACAAACUUAGUGCUGUUUGGUUUU